UACUUCAGUAUUCUGCAUGAAAUACAUUAUAGAUUCGUCCGCUGCAAGAUUAUGGUACAUUAACGAGACAGUGUGUUCGCGCUUUGUAGCUCAUAGUAGUUACUAUAGAUGAUGUGAUGUAUGUCAGCUCAAGGAAGUUGUUCGUCCUGAUAGUAGGAUACGGAAAAGGUGCCAGAGUGUGGCAGAGAGGAAAGGGAACUCGAUCGGUGCGGUGUCGGAGCUCCUCGUGUGGGGCACAGGUGCCGAUGUUAGUGCUGUGUACCGGAGGCGGUAAAAUAGAGGCACACGGUGUAAUACUGGCUGCCAGAAACCCUGUUGUCACAGCUGUGCUGGUGUGGCAUGACACAGCAGAAACUGCCAGUGACUGUGUCCACAUACUGGACAUAGAGACCACCGUUGUGAACCACCUUGUCCGUUACGUGUCUGUGGUACAACUAUUGGCAGCUGCAGACAAAUAUGACCCCCAUCUCCUAAAGGAGCCUCGUAAAGACAGGAGGAUUCCCUCUUUUAUGGGUCUACGGAAUGAACAAUUAAUGUAAUCUGAUCUGAUCUCGCAGGACUCUCUGGAUGCGUGGAGGAUGAAAGACU